AUGUCCCAGCAAGCUAUCGCUCAGCUUUACGACUACCUGCGAAAGGGUACAUGGAUUCACCACGGUGAGCGUGCCAGCACCCACACCGCGUAUAGACACUUCAUGGGGAAGGGCAGUUAUAACAAAGGCAUUCCAUCACUAUACUACCCCGAGUUUUUUGCCAUCCAGGCAAUUUUCCCCCAAGACCCCAAUGACAAGGAUAUGCAUAAAGCAGUUCAGCAGCUCUAUGAAACAGUGUCUAGCCACUGGAGUAUAAAGGCUACUCCAGGUAUCCCUUUCUUCCCUCGUCUCGAAGACUCUGAGCGAGAACUUCGACUUAUUCUCGGCAACCACCCUGUCCGAUCUAAGCUGGUGGGAACAUCUAUCCCUCACCCCUCCCUCGCUACGCCCCUUGUCUCCAGACAACCCCCCAGACCCGAAGCACAAAACUCGAGCUUCCAAAGCGCCCCAAACACCUCCAGCAACAGUAGCGGGCCUGUAGCAAACUCCCCCAGUGGUAUGAGCCCACACUUGGCCGGUAUCAAUAUGAAGUUCAUGGAAUAUGACCGACGUGUUGCGGACCUCGAGCGCAUGCUCAAAGAGAAAAAGGAAGAGGUCAAGGACAAAGACUUCCAAAUGAACAGCCUCGGGUACAAGCAACGAUUCGAGCACGCGCAGCAACAGCUCCAGGAAACCCAGCAAGAGCUCCAAGACAUGCAGCACCGGUACUGCGAGUCCCAGAUGCUUCUUAGGAAGUACCAAGAGAAGGCACAUAUGGAGGCGUAA